UCAAGCCAAUAGAGCCAGUGACCAGCUGGCAGGAUGGGGACUGCAGCAGUGUCUCCUGCACCCAGAGUGUCUUGCUGUGUUUCGGGGCUCACCACUGCAGGCUGAAGUCAUCAAAGAGAGACCGAAAUCCUAGAGAGGGACAACUUGCAAAAAGCAGAGAGCUCUCCACUACUGUAGAUGGGGCGCUGGAUAUGCUGCCUUUGCUCCAGAGUUGCAGAUCCAUUGAUGCUGCUCCUGGUUUUGGCUCUGGGCUGUAACCCUUCCACAGCAGCAGCAGCAGCAGCAGCUUCUCCAUCUGUGCCCCACGUCAAACCCAGCUACAGUUUUGGCCGGACUUUCCUGGGACUUGAUAAAUGCAACGCCUGCAUUGGGACAUCCAUAUGCAAGAAGUUCUUUAAAGAGGAGAUAAGGUUUGACACCUGGCUUUCUUCUCAUUUAAAGCUGCCCCCCAGCUCCCUGCUCAGCUACUCGGGCAACUACACGGACGAUGCCAAGAGCUGGCGGCUGGUGGACAUCACCCGCCUGACCUCCAAGUACCAGCACGACCGGGCGGACAAGCGCAUCUGCACCUCCCUGCUCAGGACCAAGAGCUGCAGCCUGGAGCGCGCCCUGCGCCGCACCCAGCGCUUCCAGAAGUGGCUGCGGGCCAAGCGCCUCACACCCGACCUGGUGCAGGGCCUGCCCAGCCCCCUGCUGCGCUGCCCGUCCCAGCGGCUCCUGGACAGGAUCGUGCGGCGCUACGCCGAGGUGCCGGACGCCGGCAGCAUCUACAUGGAUCACCUCACUGACAGGGACAAGCUGCGCCUGCUCUACACCCUGGCAGUGAACUCCCACCCCAUCCUCCUACAGAUCUUCCCUGACGUGGAGGGCUGGCCUUUCCCGCGGUACCUGGGCUCCUGCGGGCGCCUGCUGGUCAGCGCCAGCACCCGGCCCCUGCGCGACUUCUUCGGCGCGGCGCCCGAGGUGGCCGCGGACCUGGCCCUGCAGCUCCUGGCCGUGCUGCGCUCCAUGGCCACCAACGACCUCAACUACUUCUUCUACUUCACCCACGUGGACGCUGGCACCUUCGGCGUGUUCAGCAACGGGCAUCUGUUCAUCCGGGAUGCCAGCACGCUGGGCAUCAUCGACAAGGAGGAAGGGAGCCAGCUGAUCGAUGGCCAACAGGAGUAUAAAGACAUCUUCAGCUGCCUGACUGUGGACUGCCAGUCUGCGUUUGUGUCCUGCGACUCCAUCAGGGACAAGCACAGCCUUGUCCUGGUGUGUCAAGACCUCCUUCCGAAGCUGCUGUCGGGGAAGUUCCUGCCCCCCGUGCAGGAGAGCAUCGACGCCUUCCUGCGGCGCUGCGCCCGCGGCCUCGGCGACGGUGGCGGUGCCAGCGAGGCCAUGGCGGAGCUGGCAGGGAUCCUGAAACCUCUGCGCUCCUGCGACUCCCGCUUCGCCUACCGCUACCCUGACUGCAGAUACAGUGACAAAUACUGACCCUGGAGCUGUGCCUGGCGGGGACUGGGGCAGCGCCAGCCCCCUCCCAGCCUGGGAAGAGAGAAGGAGCCAGGGUGGCUGGAAGGAGCUGCCCCAAAUCCAGGGCGUUCUCGGUGUAAGAGGGAGUGGAGUGCACAUGGGAUUUAUUAUUCAUCUCCCAGAGAUGCAUUUGUUACAUGGGAUAUAGACAUGGUGUAUGGCUUAGACAUGGUUUAUGGAUUAUUUACAUUGUCAUGACUGACAAGGGGCCACAGGAUUAAUAAAUCUCAUCCACGUGUUUUGGCCUUGCAAGAGUUUCCCAUGCCAUUUGUUGAAAAACAAGGAAGGCAGGAUGCUCACAACCAGCUAGACAGAGGAUCUUUAUUGCCAAGAAACCCUUUCUGAGGGAGAUUAUAUAUAAAUAAUACGGGAGGGAUGGAUGGAUGGAUGGAUGGAUGGAUGGAUGGAUGGAUGGAUGGAUGGAUGGAUGGAUGGAUGGAUGGAUGAUGGAUGGGUGGAUGGAUGGAUGGAUGGAUGGAUGGAUGGAUGGAUGGAUGGAUGGGUACAUUUAAGAGUUUCCCUGUGGCUAUUUUUAAUGUGCUAAGAAUCAUAGAUAAAUGGGAUGACCAGAUCAGUUCUGUACCAUCACCCAUCACGGCUCACUUUUAUAAAACAUUUUAAUUUUAUUCCUUUGGUGACACACAGAACAGAAAGACACAAUCAAAAGCAUUAAAAAGUUGAAAGUUC